AGCCACAAGAGUGUGCCUGUGAGAGGAUUGCCAAUCUCCUCCGCCAAACCAGAAUUAGCCGGUAUCGCAGGAAUGAAAGAGCGUGGAGAUUUGAAAUUGCAGGGAAUGGAGACAAGGCAGUGCAGAAGACGAGCUGCCCGGGGGACAAGUGGCCCGCGGCCGGUGCCACACUUCUACAGAGAAUAAGCCCCUGGGCUGCGGGCAGGGGCGAGGCUGAGCUGGCGCGGCCGGCUGCGGGAGCCGGGCGCAGGUGGACACCGGAGCCUGCAGCAGCUCUCGGGGUGCGGAGCAGCGCCGCGGGUUUGCCUGGCGGCGGAGGCUCGGCGCCUUGGGGGGCCGGGGCGGCGGCGCUGGCGGGGCCCGGCGCGGUGAGUACCUAGGGAAGAGCCGCGACCCGCCGCACGGCAACGGCACCGGCACGGGUGCGGGCGGGAGAAGGCGCAGCAGCCGCGCCGCCUGCGGCAGAGGCGGUCUGGGCUGGGCUGGGCUGGGCUGGGCUGGGUUGGGCUGGCCCGGCGAGGUGCGGUGCGGUGCGGUGCGGUGCGGUGCAGCGGGACCGCGGGGCUGCCCGGGGGCAGCGGGAGGCGGCGGCGGCCCCUCCGCGCCGCGCUGCUCUGGGAGCGCUGCCGCCGCGGGGUAACUAGCGGUCAUCCUUUGUGCUGCGGCGGGCGGCGCCUGCAGCCGUGCCGGCCUCCCAACACCGCCCCGCCGCGCGGCCCCGCCGCCGCCGCCGCCGCGGCCGCAGUCCCCGCGGGCCGGGGAGGCCGCCGCGGCCCAGCCCGGGCCCCCUCCCCGGCCGCUCGGCGACAGGCGCUGCCCCCGUGGCAGCCCGGGGCGGGGUUGGCGGCUCCCCUCGUCUGAGCAGCGUUCUGCAUACAUGAGCUUAACUUGAGUGGUGGGGGGCGCGUAACAUGUACAGCUCCCGCGUAUGUUAUCUUGCGGGGUGGGAGGUGGGGGGAAGUACAUCGCCUGCCUUGGGGCUGCUCCUGUAACAGCCUGUCACCGUUUACAGAACAGAGGUACAGCGCCUGACGCAGGCUGCCUGUUCCCUUGGCACCAAGGGGAGAAAAAUUUACUCUGUGAGCCUACUGGGGCUGUCCCCGGGGACGCGGCACCGCUGGUGGGUAACACCGGGGCAGGGCAGUACCGAGGGGUCUCCCGGAGGGGUCUGAGCGGGGCCUGGGACACAGCCUCCGGGGAGCCGAAUCUGGAAAAGGAGAUGCCGACGACUUCAUGCAAACUUGUGACCCUGGCAAUUAGAUUAGCGUUUUAAGCAUUUAAUUUCUCUGGUUUUCUCUUCCUUCCUGGGCAUGCUGGGUGCUGGGGCUCUGAUCUGCAGAAGUUGCUAGUAUCCACAUCUCCAGUGAAGCCACUGACAACUGAAGUGCUAGGUGUAUUAGCAAGCUGAAGUUAGACAGUCAACACUUACAACACCCAAAAUAAACUAUGUUUUUAACAAUUUUAUUUUCUUUUUGUAUGUCUUCAAAAGAUGAAUAGUUACGUGUGGCAUGUCUACUGGGAAUAUUGUGAAGCAAAAUUCAUUGCUGUUUCUGAUGCAUUUAGGAGUUAUCCAUUAGAAGCGCCUUUAAACUAUGAUUUUAUGCUAUACUUGAGGCAAUCAGGUACUGGAAGCGGUCAACCAAGUAUAUGUAAAUUAUUAUUCAUCAUAUGGACUUUUUACAUCAAGAUCAGGUGUUUUUCAAUGAUCCACUCCAAUUACAAGCUAGAGAGCCAUAGAUCCACUGAUUCUACAGGGAACUCGGGUGUUUUGCUGCUAAAUUUGGUUGUAUUACAGCACCUGCAUUUGUCCCUAAAAUAGCUCAUGAGUCAGGGUUUCAAAAAAACUCAGCAUCUUUGUGGCCACUAAUGUUUGGUCCAGUUUUCAAAGAGCUCUGCAUAUUGUGUGUGCAUAAAAUAUAAAAAGAUUUUCUGAAAAGAAAAACUACACCCAAGCCCUAGUUCUUCUCCAGCUGACCAAACAAGAAUCCACGUUCCCCUGCCUUUAAACACAGUCCCUUGAGAGGGGCUGUAUUCAACCACUGUUGCUGCAAGUGGGUCUUCACCGCCUUGCUCACUGGGGAAAUGUGGCUGGCUUCACAAACCAGCUGCUGUCAUUUUCAUUGCAGUUUCUCUAGGAUUUCACAAUUGCAAAGAGCCCCUUGGGUUUCUCUGCUGUCCGUGAUGCUGUGUUUUUGACACUGUAAUACUGUGGUGUGGGACGAAGGCUGAGGGCAGGUAAAGUGCAUUUCUCCUAGGUGUCAUGGGCCACAGAGUGGUGAGUCAAUAGUGCGGAGAGGAUCCAGACAUACAGUCCUUGCUUCGUCUACAGCCUGAGAGCUUGAGCAAUUACUGGAGAUGACGUCCCCUGCUUUUGAGUGUAGUCACUCUGAACUUGUGACGUUAGUGGAAAGUUAGUAUCAUAAAAGUCGUAAUAAGCAGGAAUCCAGUUCAAAAGGAAAAUACAUACACUUUCUGAAGAUUUGUGGGGGUUGAUGCAAGCUUGACAUUAACUUGCAUCUACUCAAUCUAAGCCUGUUCUGUUGGUAAGAUUGCAAAGAUAAGCAUCACAUCUUUGCAUCUCAAUCUUUUUUGCUUUAAAUAACUUAAAAUAUAUUGAAGAUAUAUGUAUUUCCUGUUUAAAAAAGAAACUUUUGUAUCCAGUAUUAGUAUUCAGGUGCGCACAAAACCAGUCAAAAGCAUGAAAGAGAAAGGUGAGGCUCCACAUUUAAUCCUGGCUCUGAAUCUUCAGUUACAUAAUUUUGUUUUCCACUAUCUAAGAUGUACUGUAAUAUCCAUCAUACAUUUUCAUUAAUCUUGCACAGGGCAUGUUUAACAGCUUGCAAUUUGCCUUCAUUCUGCUACUUCUCAUUCUUUCCCAUUAGCAUGGUUAUUCACUAUCUUUAUUACCUUUAUGCAGUUAGUAUUCCUCUCUCUUGUGAGUUGGCUGAAUCCUCCGUAAGUAGUCAUUUAAACAACAUCAAUGGGGGAUCAAGCUCCAAGUGUGUUAAUAGGAAAGUGUUGAGAUGUCGUCUUUAAGACCUACAGCAGAGGAAGGAUGAAGUAUGAUUUUAACUAAGGCUGUCCCAGGCUGUCCUCUCACGUUCAAAAAAAAGCCUGUACCACCUCAUGGCUCUGAGUUGUUGCCCUGCUACAUCUCCUGCCUCAAACACCCUGGGGGACCUCCAUAAAGUCCUUUAAGUAUAAGCCCCCUUCUCUCUGCCUCUUGAUUUGGAAAGAUAAAGCCAAUAAGUCAUUUCAGUGUGUGUUUCUACUGGCGCCAAGGUGUGGACUCAACAAUUGGUCCCAGCUUAUCUGCUCAUGCAGCGUUAAAUGUGCCCAGUUGUUGUUCUACCUCACUGUCACCAAUAGCUUCCACACCCGAGUUAGGACUACUGACAGUUUAGUCUGAAAACAGUAUUCAUCUGCGAAAAUUUCAUAUCAGGAGUACAACAUGUUUUAGCUCCAAUCCACAGUAUGAAGCAAACCAGUUAGCUCUUGGAGUAACCUACAUGUUCAAGCUGCCCUUAGUUACAUGUAAUUACCUGCACUGUAAGAGAUACGUGUCACUUAACUACAAAGGUAACUUACCCAGCAGCCAGUCUGGAGAGGUUACAUAUGUUGGCAGGUUUUCACUGUUUUCUGUGAAAGAAACAGUAGCUUUGACCAAUCAGCUCUGACUCCAUCGAUGUAUUAGUAUGAAAUACUUCAAGUCUGCCUUUGUAUGUUUAUCUAGCAGUAAGAAAAAAGUAGAAUGGUUUGGAAAGGUAGUAACUUGAGAAGCAAAAUAUAUGCAUAUAUUUAAAGAGAACAGCCCAAAUUUUCAGUUAGUACAGAAUCUGAGUUGCUCCAUUCACUGCCAGUUUUCAAUAGUGAGGAGCUAGCCAUACCUUCUGAGGGCUCACAAAACAGAUAAGGAGCUUUUUUAGUCAAUUUUUGACAACUUUCUUCUCUCUUUUGAGUGUUGUGGAGCUGAUGUCUCUUUUUAUUUCUCUGGAGAAGAAAAGAAGACAAAAAAUUACCAUCUCUGGUAAUUUGUAUUGUUGCAUUUCUAGUCUCCAUGGAAACCUAUUUGGUGCUCCACAGUUGGGUAAAAUUUCAAUGUGUUGCAGAAGAAAUUGGAUGGAGGGAAGACCGGUUUCUGCACCUUGCCCGUUAAUCAAUUAAAAAUGGUUUUGGAAUUAUUUUCACAUUGUGUCACGGUCUUCACUUAGAGUAACAAUGGAAGAAAUCAAAGUAAUCAAAUUAAGCUGUUAUGGCCUGAUCCUACACCCACUUAUGCACACAACUCUGCCGCUCAGUUUGAUUCUGAUAGGCAUUGACGCUGAUUUGGAAAAAUUCUUUGGUUUUAGUAGGAUUAUAUGGAUUAAAGCUAUGGAACUGAAAGCAUAACAGCAAACUGUCAAGCUGACGCUAAUAAAAAGCUUGCCAGAGAGGUGGUAACAAUCCCCUUGUUACAAAUUAUGUAAGCAAAGCAUUUUGAAAAUCAAGAACCUUAAAUCUUUGCCUUUCUCUGUCUUCACUGUUGUUCUUCCACUACUAAGGAAGAAAUACAUCUCAAAACUGGUUUCCUCUGAAAAGAGGUGGUAACUUCAUCUACCUGCCUCUUCAGGAUUUCAUUUCUUUUUUGUUCUCAAGCUUUAUGAACUUGAAUACGAAUCUUACUGGGGCAGCAGAAGGUGAUACAGAAGAGGAAUACACAGAGAGAGAUCAGUCUUUUUUGUGAUCUGUCAACCCAUGAAGAGUGAGUGCUCUCAGCCAUCUAAAAAAUACCUUGGAGAAAAUGUAUGCUAGUCGAGAGGAUAUUGGAUAUGAUUUUGGAGAUGAUUCAAAAGUUGGAAGUAAGCCAAUUAAGCCUAAUCCAAACAUCGAUGGAGGAUGGGCUUGGAUGAUUGUGCUUUCCUCUUUCCUUGUGCACAUACUUAUCAUGGGGUCCCAAAUGGCCCUUGGAAUUCUCAACAUGGAAUGGCUUGAAGAGUUUAAUCAAAGUCGUGGUUUAACAGCAUGGGUUAGUUCCCUCAGCAUGGGCAUUACACUUAUUGUAGGCCCUUUCAUUGGUUUAUUCAUCAGCAUGUGCGGGUGCCGCAAGACAGCUAUAAUUGGAGGGAUACUGAAUGCCCUAGGUUGGAUACUGAGUGCCUAUGCCUCAGAUGUGCACUACCUCUUCCUUACGUUUGGAGUGACAGCUGGCGUUGGAAGUGGCAUGGUUUAUCUGCCUGCUGUGGUCAUGGUAGGGCAGUAUUUUCAGAAGAGAAGAGCGCUUGCACAAGGACUCAGUACCACAGGAACAGGGUUUGGAGCUUUCCUAAUGACUGCCUUACUGAAGUACCUCUGCAUCGAGUUUGGGUGGAGGAACGCCAUGUUCAUCCAGGGUGCUAUCUCCCUAAACCUUUGUGUCUGUGGAGCGCUUAUGAGACCACUCUCUCCCAAAGACAUGGUUAGUGAAAAAUAUGUUGUGAGAAGUAACAGUGAAGAUAAUCAGGCAAAAGCUCUGUCCCAUUCUGCAGAGACUAUAAAAUCUAAUGGAGUCCUCGGUGAAGAAUCGGGAAAAAAAGAAGAGGCAACAAAUGAAGAAGUGCUUGAUGGUGUUCAGCACAUAGAAUCCGGAGGUAAAUCCAGAGGUGGAAGGAACAUGUAUGGACUGCGUAUUCUUAAGACAGUGAGCCAGCUGACAGUUACAGUCAGGAAGGGCUUUGCAAUAUGGUACUCCAGCUACUUUGGAGCUGCAUCACUGUUUACCAAUAGAGUAUUUGUGGCCUUUAUAAUUUGGGCUUUGUUUGCCUAUAGCAGCUUUGUCAUUCCCUUUAUUCAUCUUCCAGAAAUAGUCAAGCAGUACAACUUGUCUAGUCAGAACAAUAUAUUUCCUUUGACAUCCAUUAUAGCCAUUGUUCAUAUUUUCGGUAAAGUGAUUCUUGGAAUCAUCUCUGAUCUCCCGUGCGUCAGCACAUGGAAUGUCUUCCUCAUGGCUAACUUUACCCUGGUCACUUGCAUUCUUACUUUGCCACUAAUGCAAACAUACAUUAGCCUGGCUGUGGUUUGUGCUCUAAUAGGAUUCUCUAGCGGCUAUUUUUCUCUAAUGCCUGUUGUGACUGAAGAUUUAGUUGGAACUAAACACCUUGCAAAUGCUUACGGCAUCAUCAUUUGUGCCAAUGGAAUAUCUGCAUUGUUUGGACCACCCUUUGCAGGUUGGAUCUAUGACAUCACACAGAAAUAUGAUUAUUCUUUUUACAUAUCUGGCUUGCUAUACAUGGUGGGAAUAGUAUUUUUACUUAUACAACCUUGUAUUCAAAAGAAACAACCAAGAGAAAAAUCUACGGAAGAAGCACAAGUAUAGAACAAAUUCCAGAAGAUUUUUACAGAAUUUUCUUUGUUUUCAUGUUUCUAUUGUAUGACAUUUUGAAGCUGUUUUUCUUAUGGAACCAACCACAUUGAGCUAUACUUAAGUGAAAAGCAAAUGUGCACCAAAAUGCUAAUAAAUUAUUAGAAAUAUGUUUUUAAAAUGAGUUAAGAUCCUUUACUUUAAGAACUAACAAAUAAGCAAUUAAAAGCACCCUGCUAGUCUUUUCAACUUGAAACAAUGCUAGGAGCUUGUACCCUUGCUUCUCUUUUUACUACUCACCACUAGCCAUCGGUGAAACUCCAUUGACUGCAGUGCAGUUACUCCUGAUUUACACUGGUCUUACAAGAGAAUACGAUCAGGAUAUGAAUGAUUUAUAAAAGCCCUUCUUACUAUGUAUUCUGUCUGAUAAAAGAUUAGUUACUGAGUAUGAGAAAAUGAUUGUAUUUCUUACCUGGCUAGUCAGGUAGUGUUGAAAUGCUAGUACAAUAAUUCAAUUAAUUCUGUACUGAAGUUACUAUUUCUGUAAUGCAAAACUGAAGGAAAGUACUUAUAUUUUUCCUGUAAUUACUCUCUUCUUCAAGGAUUUUUAAAUUAUCAACUAUCAACUGCAUAAUAAAGUAGCCAUCCUCAAUACAUAGGCUGCCUGCAUUAUAAAUGCUGUGACACUUAAUGCCGCUGAAGUAAAACAUAAAAGCAGAAACAGGCAACAUAUGGAAAAAUACUACUGUUAUUCACAGACUGGAAAAUGUUUCCAGAAACAGUUGGAAGUUUCUGGUUGCUUUACCAAAUUAGAGGUAUUGCAGAACUUUGUAACAUUGCAAUUGACUCCCUCCGUGGGAUUUGUCAAGUAAACUACUAGAGAAACAGAGUUAAGCAAAAUUGGCCAAAUAUACUUUUAGAAAGAACAGGACUACAGCACACUAAAUUUUGUUGCAAUAAAAUUAAUAACAAAACCUGUUACAUUAUAGCAGUUGUGUUGCUGCUCAUAAAGCACACCAUGAACUGUCUAUGACUGGUCACGUUUGAGAUGUUUAUUCACUAGAAAAUCAGAUAAUGCAGAGCAUGGCAGAGCUAAAGACCACUUAAAAUAUUCAAAUUACUUUUUUUAACAUGAAAUACCUGGUAAUCAAUGCAGAAUGUUUUGUGUGGUGGUGCAGGACACGCUUUUUCCAGCUAUGAGAGCUGAGCCUGAUGUUAACUUUCCUAUCAAAUAAAGGUCAAUGUAGGUUUUUUUUCCUGCUAGCUUUUUGAAAGUUUAUUGACACAAAUCAGGUUCACGGUUUAACACUGAUACAUGCUGCUGGAAUUCUUUAAAAGCAAUUGAUACUAUUCAAUGAUACUGAACAGACAUUGGGAAACAGUUUAGAAUGCAAUGGUAUCAUUAUAGAGAUCUUUUUCAUAGCUGCAAGGUUGGUUCACAAAAAGUUCUGAACCAUAUUUUGUAUUGUUCUAUAUUGCAAUUCUCCAGCUUCAUAGUUUCACACUUGUACAACUGUUGGCAGGGUCAUACUUUAAAAUAGAUCACUGAAAUGAGCCAAAUUAAAAAAGAAAACCUUAAGAAACCCCCGAGCUACUUUAAGAUUUAGAUCAGUUCAAUCAUACAGGAUAGUUAUGUAUGGCCUUUAAAACUGAUGUUAAAACAACUGAGUUGGCAGCAAACUGCAACACAUGGUAUGAACACGCAGUCAGCAAUGUCUUAAAAUCAGCCUUUUUGUUGGAGGAAAUGUUCAUGUAAACUACACUUUCACAUCAGUUCUUUUGUUACAGGUUUAAUGUGUUCUUGGUGUGAGUGUUGCUGCUGGCUUAUUUUAACUGAGCUAUCUUUUAUUGGUGUAAUAUAUAUUGAAGUGAUGAUUUCCCUCAAUUUCCUUUUUUUUUUUUCUUUUUGAAAGAUAUGUACCCUUUAUACUUAGAUCUUCACUUUGUCUUUUGUCAAAAUCAACUUUAUUUGCAUAUUACUGUAAUGCAUAAUAUGUCAUUUACUUAUGAUAUCUGCAAUAUACCUUUCUAUAGAAGUCCGUACUGGGCCAUAUAAUGGAAUAAACUUACAUUACCCAAAUUUCACUUUCUGUUCGUUUACUAAUUAAGUUCAUUUUUUUAAGCUUAAAAAUGAAGAUUCUCCGGCAAAAUUAUUCUUCUUAUUUCUUCUAGCAAAAGGGACAGAUACAUGGUUGAUCAAGGAGAAGGGAACGUGGCCUGUCAAAAGCAAGUUAAAUUAGGAUUUAAAACUAACAUUCAGUCAGUCCAUAUUGACUCCAUGGGUUCUAGUUUCCUAACCUGAAACUGCCUAAAUCUGUUAUGAGAACACAAGCUAAGCAAAAAUUCCUUGCUGGUAAAUUGACAGAAAGUGAGAAAAGAGGGUCUGUUGUUUAGUAGCUCUGCUUACAUACUGUAGUUCUUAAAAUCACCUCUCUAGAGCAAAAUUACAUUUUACAGUAUUUUAUUGAACAGAAAUUUUAUGAAUACACUAUUUUAUGCACAUCAUGAUAUUUAUGACAUUGUCCUAAAAGGAAAUAGUCACAAAGAGGAAAGAAUAUACUUAACCGUUUCUUCUAUCUAAAGAUCUACAGUCACCAAAUGGUUCAAGAAUAUUGGUAUAUAGUUGUAGAACAAAAUAUUCUUAAUCUAAAUUAGCAAAUACCUUCAAAGGAUUAAAAUACCACUUUAUAAAGAAACAAUCAUUGAAGAACCCUGUAUUCGUAGUUUUUAAUCAGUUUAUACAAUUCAAGUUUAAUACCUGACAUGUUAAAAAAUUGUAAACAUAAUACACUCUUUGAAUAUUACACUAGUGUACCCAAAUACUGCAAUCACUGGUUUUAAUACUUGGGUCUUUAUUCAGUUAGCUUUUGUUCUGAGUGUUUUGUUUCUGCCUCCUCCUUUGAAGUUGCAGCUGUAGCUGAAGACUGUGAAGAAUUGAUUCCAGGCCAUUUCCUGUGCAAGUUCUUUCAUUUCAGGUGUAAUUGUGCUACACGAGUUCCCCACAGUAUUUUCCCACAGUGCAUUACUGUUACAAAUCUCUAGUAAGAGAAAGUAGAGACUUGAAAUCAUAAUUUGGCUGAAAAGUAGAGGCUUAAAAUUAUUGCUGAGUGGCUUACUCACUGCUGAUUAUUUCACUACCCAAAAUGUGUUUAGACAACACAGGUACCUUGUAUGAAGGUCACUUGCAGUGCAAUCUGCCUGCCCAUCUUGAAAGGCGCAGUAUUAGUUAAAACUCACAAUGACAUCAGUGGAAGUUUUGCCAGGGCAAGAUACCGCAUGUUCUUCUGUGGAAAAUCUGAGAAACCUCUUUUCAUAUGGUAUCAAAGGCCUUUCUGCCAUAAUAAAAGCAGCUGUAAGGCCACAUACUCUCCUUGUAUGUAAUUCAUAGAGCCCCACUGAAUCAAUGAAGCUGUGUAUGAUUAUAAAAAGAACUUGUCAGGAUGUAGAAAUCACAUCACAAUCACAAAUCUGUUUUCAAGGUAAGUAAAAGCAGCAAAUUGCCUUUGGACUUACACUGGAAAUGCAAUUCUAGGAAGCUUUCCGAAGCAGCGUGUAGGAUUAACACUGUUUCUUGGGAGAUGCCUCCCUCUUUCAGAAUGACUCCAUAAACACAAUCAGGUGGAAAUACUACAUUAUAAACAGGAAGAGACAGUCAUGCAAUUUGUUAGGUGGCAGAAUCAUCAUUAAAAAUAAUUAGUAAGAUAGUGCGUCAUUGUAUAUUAUCUCUCUAUUUUAAGUUAUACCAGAGCCUAAUAACAUUGAUUCUUCCCCCAGACAUUCCACUUUUCUAAAUGUGUAAUUGCAGGGAGUCAUACUGCAUUACUGCAAUGCAAGUGGCUGGUAUGUCUGUCACAAGUAGUAACAGAAAGAGAAAAGCAAAAGUCCUGGUACAACUUCUGUUACAUACUGCUGAUGUAGCUGGAUGCCUUAAACUGCUGUAUUCACUUAACUACAGCAAAGCUGUAGUAUGUGUGGUCCUAUUUUUAUUGUUCUUGUAUUGGGAGAGUGCUCAGACUGCGGGCACGCAUAACAUCCUAGCGUAUAUAUGCAAAGGAAAAGCAGGGAUUAUUGGGGAAAGAUUGCUGUAGAAGUCCUGAAACGAUAAUAUAUGCAUUUUUAAAGUUUUUGUUAUAUUUCUGCUUGCUCUCUGUCUCUCACCAUCCUGCUGUUCCUAUGAAAAAUGGACACCAUUAAGUUAAAAAUAGCGGAGACUGCGGUUUAGUAUCAUAGAUCUAUAUUUCCAAAUACAGUGCUCUGUUAAAUAAAAAAUACGGAGAGAAAAA